AUGUUGCUGCAAACUGGCCCGACGAACGACCUCAAGGUCGCCCUGGGCGCCACUCUUGUCUUGCUCUUGAUCUGGUUGUCCUCCACUAUCUACUACCGCAAACGGCUCUCAUAUCCGCUGCCCCCUGGGCCACCGGGAAAGUUCCUAGUUGGGAACCUGGGCAGUCUUAGCGACCACCCGGAGCUGGACUACGAACGAUGGGGGAAGGAGUACAAUUCCGAUGUUGUUCAUGUUACUGUCCUAGGACAGCACAUGAUAUGCCUCAACAGUGUCAAGGCGGCUACAGACCUCCUCGACCGCCGUGGGGCCAACUACUGUGACAGGCCUCGCUUCACUCUGUUCGAAGUGAUGGGCUGGGGCCUGACGCUUACCUUUCUCCGCUGGGGUCCGCAGUUUAAACUUCACCGACGCCUCUUCCAGCACACCUUCACACAGUCCGCCGUCAAGACCUUUCGGCCGAUGCAAACCCACGAAGCCCGCAAAGCCGUACGCUCCCUUCUCGCUAGUCCCCAGGAAUGGCGCGACACUGCCCUCCUUCUUACCACUAGCGUCAUUUUCCGCAUCGCCUACGGCCAGGAGAUCAAAGACAAGGACUCGCCCUACACGGCCAUGGCUCACGCCGCUAACAAAGUAACCACCAACGGCGGGAUAGCAGGCUCUUCGGUCGUGGACCUGUUCCCACCAGCGAGGUACUUUCUGCCUUCGAGUCUCUCUGCCCCGUUGCGGCAUGCUAGGGAAAGCAGAGGUGCCAUCAAGACGAUUCACGAGGUUCCAUGGGCGGACAGUAUGCGCGACAUUGAGGCCGGAAAUGCCUCCCCCUCAUUCAUGAAGUUACACUGGGAGCGUUUCGUCGCCAAUCAGAAGGCCGGCAUCUGGCAGGAGACCACCGUCGCUGACCUCAAGGGCGCAACCGCCGCGGUGUUCAUCGCCGGCGGGAACAGCACCUGGGGCACUGUGCUCAGCGCCAUGCUGUUCCUCACUAAAUACCCUGACGUUCAACAGCGCGUCAAGCAGGAAAUCGACGACGUGGUCGGCGCUGGCUGCCUACCGACGUUCGACGAUAGGCCAAAACUCGAAUAUUUCAACCGCUUCAUGAACGAGGUCAUGCGCGCCCUGCCGCUGAACCCGCUGGUCAUCCCCCACCAGAGCAUCAAGGACGACGUCUACAACGGCAUGCUCAUCCCCGGGGGCUCCGUCAUGUUCGCCAACACUAAGGCGAUGUGCUCCGACCCCACCACCUACCGCGAUCCGGAGAAGUUCGACCCAGAUCGCUACGAACGGGGCGAACCCUACCCUGUCGGCAACUUCGGCUUCGGGAGGCGGAAGUGCCCCGGCAACCACCUCGCCACCGCGACCGUCUUCAUCUUCAUCGCGACGAUGCUGGCGACGUUCGACCUGGACAAGGUUAUAGGGCCAGACGGAAAGAUGAUUGAGCCUGAGGCUACGCUGACGGUGGGGCUCGGUGGCCACCCGGCGCCCUUUGAGUUGCAGUUACGAGUGAGGAGUGAAGAGAGGGCGAGGCUGCUCAGAGAGGAGGACAACAUGGGCAUGAGACCGGAGGAAAAGUGA